AUGUGGACGACAGGCAAUUCUCCCAACUAUCCAACUUUCUCUCGAUGCCGAGUUCAGGGCCUUCUCAUGCGAGAACUGCCCUACGGGCGCAGAUGCAGAAGGCGCGCUGUCAGUGAAAGGAUUUCAUCAUCACAUCCACACACCACUCCUGAAGGAGCGGAAUACGACGAAAAACUACCCUACGUACAUGAGACCGUGGCCGUUGACUGCUACCUGUCUUCUUCUUAUGAGGAUCCCGAAUUCCUGACCUGGAAUGGGCCCAGCAUCCUAUCUCCGUGUACGCACCCCGAGGAUGUCUUUCGGUAUGCCUCUGCCAUGCUGUCCUACCCCGUCAAUUGGUUAGAAAUGCAUAUUAAGGUCGUCCACAAGUACACGUUCGAAUCGAUCUGGGAGGUAAUCCGUCCAUACAUGCGGACUAUCGAUCAUGCAGAUUAUCGGUUUCAAGUAUUCGUGUGGCCAAGGGGCGAGCGGGAGCCGGAUAACACAGGAAGAUUAGGAGUGUUUCCAGGGCCAAACCCUAUCUAUCCCGGAAGAAUCCUGGAUCCAGAGCGUUUUGUUGAAAACAUCUCUUGCGGCUUCUAG